CUGAUGAUAAAUCUAUGAAACAUGGAUGAGGAACUGAAUUAUGCAACUGUGACUUUUAAAACAAAUGCUGUGGCUAAUCCAGAAAAACCUAAAAACAUGGAAAUAAUUUAUGAUGAAGUGAAGACAGAGGAGAAGCCACGCRACACCUGUCCCAUCGUAUCAGAAAAGGAAAAGAAAACUCACCGUUACAUCUCACUUCCUGUGGUUCUGGUUUGUUUGGGAGUUAUUUGUUUGGUUCUGUUGUCAGCCGUCGUCGCUCUCAGCAUCACCUUCACGUACGAGCAGAGAAGACAAAACAUCAACUUCACCAUGCAGAAGUUGAAGCUGCAGGCAGAGAAGGAGAUGUUAAAGAGACAAACAGAGGACCUGAGCAGAGAACGAGACCGGCUCAACUGGACCAUCAGAGUCAUCCUCCAGUACGACAACUUUCCAGUGAAGGAUCACUGCCCACAGAAAGCAUGUAAACCAUGUCUGGAUGGCUGGGUUCUGUUCCAGUCCAACUGUUACCUUUUUACAAAUGAUGGCUACUACUCCUACUGGAAAAACUGGGAAAGGAGCCGAGAAAAUUGUCAUGAAAUGCAGGCCGACCUGGUGGUGAUAGACAGCCUGGAGGAACAGGAAUUCAUAAACAACCACACAACAACGUACAGUGACCAGGCUCACGGGUACUGGAUCGGGCUGAGCAGCAGAAGCAUGACGGAAACGUGGACAUGGGUGGAUGGAAGUAAUGUCACUGUGACGUUCUGGACCUCAGAACAACCUGGAUACAGAACCUCCUGUGCUCUGACCAACCCUCAUGUGGAUCCUUUAACCAACUGGGAAAAAAAGAGCUGCGACAUGAGGAACCGCUGGAUCUGUGAGGGCCGAGCUUUAAUCCGACCAGAUUAAGGCUCAGGAUUAUUUCAGCUGUUUUAUUCACUUACUGAGGCUGUUUCUCUGGCAAAACUGAUCAAAGUCUUCAAAUAUGUCACAUGCUUUAAUAACUUUAUUGUUUUUCAUACAUAAUUUACCAUCUUGGUUCUCAGAGUUAAAGACAAAACUCGUGACAGGAGUGAGUUGUAUUUUUGACAGAUGUUUGUUGUUUGUUAAAUAAUAAAAUAAUGUAGCAAAGUGUGGAUUUUAUAAACCUAAUAUUGUCAAGCAAUAACAAAAAAGCAGAAUAAAGUUAGUUUAUACAGCUCAAACUCUGACGAAG